UGCCUCGGUGGCAGGGAAAUCGGGGGAGUUGGAGCCGUGAACCCUUGAGUUUCUUUGCCCUGCCUGGACCUAGGAUUUGAGUUAGAGCUGGUGAGAAAGACCCGUAUGCGUGGAAGCCAGAGAGGCUAUCAGAGCUGAAGUGUGAAGCCAGCCCGGGCAGUAGAGCUACGUCUUCAGAUUAAAUGACUUCCUCAUAGCUGUAGGCGGCUUUCAGAGCAGUGCCUGGACUGCAGCUGGGGGACUUUAUCUUCCAAGAGCAGGGAAGAUAUGGAGACAGAGGAGAACUGGACUCAACCCCAAAAGGCCGAAGGUUUGUCUUCUGAGGAGACCGACUGGCCCCAAGGGGAGAAGGGGCAGCCCAUGAUCGUGGAGCCGGUGACAUUCGAGGACGUCACCGUGGUCUUCACGGAGGCCGAAUGGGAGAGGCUGAGCUCUGAGCAGAAGAGCCUCUACAGGGAAGUCAUGCUGGAGGUGUACAGGGAUCUGCUCUCCUUGGCAGACCCAAAGCCCAAGAUCGACCCCUGUGCCUCCUGCCUUCUGACUUUCUCCUGUCAGCCGUUCCCCAGUCUGCACAUGGUUCAGCUCUCCCCAGACUUCUGUGCAGAACAUCGCUUCCCUCCCAGGGGGCUCAGCCCAGAACAUCAGAAGCAGCCGGAGCAGCAGGAGUCUCCUCAGAACUGUAGGCGCGAGAAUACAGAAGGUCAGGAUUGCAGAGAAGACGUCUCCACACACUUGUGGGGAGGGACAGGGGAGAAGGAGACGUCAAGGGGGGUUUGCAGUCCACACCGAAGACAGUCCUCAAGCAAUAAAGUGAUAGGAUUCGAGUCCAUCUCAACACAAAGAGUAGGCUCUGUGGAAACAGACAAAAGGUUGAAGGAAUUAAGUACCGCAAGAUUUGGAGCAGCCACCUGUGAAGAGGAUGGAUCAGACUGUGGCCUGAAAUCAGAGCUGAUCACAAACCAGAGGUCCCUCUUCUGGGAGAAGCCCUAUGUUUGUAGUGAGUGUGGCCGAAGCUUUAAUUAUAAAUCACAUUUCAUCAGACACCAGAGGACACACUCAGGGGACAUGCCUCAUAUGUGCAAGGAGUGUGGCCGAGGCUUUCAUUGGAAAUCAAACCUCCUUGUGCAUGAGAGAACACACUCAGGGGAGAAGCCUUUUGUGUGUGAAGAGUGUGGGCGAGGCUUUAAGCAGAAAUCAAACCUAUUUGCACACCAGAGGACACACUCGAGGGAGAAACCUUACGUAUGCAAAGAAUGUGAGCGAGGCUUUAAACGGAAAUCACACCUCCUUGUGCACCAGAGAACACACUCAGGGGAGAAGCCUUAUGUGUGCAAGGAGUGUGGGCGAGGCUUUAUUCAGAAAUCAAAGCUCCUUGGGCACCAGAGGACACACUCAGGGGACUUGCCUUAUGUGUGCAAGGAGUGUGGGCGAUGCUUUAAUUGGAAAUCAAACCUUCUUGUUCACCAGAGGACACACUCAGAGGAGAAACCCUAUGUGUGUGAGAAGUGUGGGAGAGGUUUUAUCCAAAGAUCAAAGCUCCUGGUGCACCAGAGGACACACUCAGAGGAGAAGCCUUAUGUGUGCAAGGAGUGUGGUCGAGGUUUUAAAGGGAAACCAAGCCUACUUUUGCACCAGAGGACACACUCAGGGGAGAAGCCUUAUGUGUGCAAGGAGUGUGGUCGAGGUUUUAAAGGGAAAACAAGUCUCAUUUUGCACCAGAGGACACACUCAGGGGAGAAGCCUUAUGUAUGCAAGGAGUGUGGUCGAGGUUUUAAAUGGAAAUCAAACCUCCGUGUGCACCGGAGAACACACUCAGGAGAGAAGCCUUAUGUGUGUGAGGAGUGUGGAAGAGGCUUUAACCGGAAAUCAAACCUCCUUGUGCACCAGAGUACACAUACGGGGGAGAGGCCUUACGUGUGCACAGAGUGUGGGAGAGGCUUUAACCGGAAAUCAAAUCUCCUUGUGCACCAGAGGACACACUCUGGGAAGAAGACACAUGUGUGCAGUCGGUGUGGGCGAGGCUUUAGCUAUAAAGGAAGCUUCCUUAAACAUCAGGGGGCUCACGCAGAAGAAACCCCAUGUUUGAAAGAGUAUGGCCGAGACUUUAGCCAGAGGUCAGCUCUCACCAGACACCAGAAAAGACUUCAAUGAGAAGUCUGAUAUUUGCAGUGAGUGAAGCUAAUGCUGAAACUAAGUCAUUCUGCAUCCACCAUAGGACACAGCACUGAAGCUCUAGGCAUGCAGGGUGGAAGGACAAGGAUUUGGGGGAACGGGACACUUCCUUACAUGUCAUAGAACAGCUGUAUUUGGGGGGAUGAGAAGCAUUGGGGGAAGGUGGGGAGAAUGUAGAGUGCUUCAGCAAUAGCACCUGCCCUGCACCAGAGGACGCACGCAGGGAGAGGAGCUCUGUGGGCAGUGUCUACCUGUGUCCCUCCUCCACUUUUUACGGAGGACAUUUUCCCACCACUUAUCACCACUUGACUUGCUUCUUUGAUUCAGAAAGAGCUUUCUGAAUGCCUCCAUACUAUAUGAGGCCGAAGGUGUGAGGACUAACUCAACAGACUAGUUUUUUUCUCAUUCUGUAACCAAAGGAAAUUGAAAAUUAAAAGCCUUUACUUAAGUACUCUAUGAAUGGUAGGCUUACUUUGUUUCCAUACAUCAGUUCUUUCUCAUCCUUUGUUAUACUUUAAUUAUAAAAAUUAUUUCUCAUAAACCAUAACUCAACUGUGUUGCUCGUAAGAGGGUGUGCAGCCAAUCUUUAAGAAACUUAGCCUUCUUUAUCUGAAAAAUCUAUGCCUAGGGUUCUACAUCUGAUAACUUUGCAGGAUUUUAGGCCUUUUGCACUUACUGUAUAUACUCGAGUAUAAGCCGACCCAGAUCUCUUCUGAGACCUAA